AUGACUCGGAACAUCUUUGACAAUGCGGACACCGAUUUACAGACUGUCAACAGCCGAAGAUCGUUAGUAGGAGACGGUGAUGAUCAGGUUCUGACCCGAUAUUGCCAAGAUUCGAAUGCUCUCGAGUGGAGAGUGGAGUUCCUACACCAAGCUGUAAAGGACUUUCUUCAGUUACCAAGCUACAGUGAGAAGCUUCGAAAAUGCCUUCUCGGUUGGACCGAACAUAUCGACAUUGUGCCUGACAAUGGCAAUAUCCUUCAUCUUCGACUAGUCGAUACCUUUCUGGGGGUCCCGCCAGACAAACGACAUGAAUGGCCGACUGUUCCAGUCUGCAUGGAUGUCACUAUGCAGCACGCAUACGGCAGCAUGGAGCCGCCUGCGCAAGACUCACAGUGGGUAUUCAAGCUUCUGGGUCAGAUUGAACGGGUAAUAUCGAAGGACCCCAAAUGUGACUGGGGUUUCCAGGACAAAUCCUGGAAAACGACAUUCCUUGCAUAUGCAGUGGCAAACAACAUGCAUCGAUUUGUUUCACGAGCCUUAGGAUUAGGCGGUGGAUACGAGGUUUACAAGGAAGGACGUCCACUACUCCACUACACCGCCUGGGCACCAGGCCGUUUCCCAAACCGUGCCAUGGCCAAGCGCCUCCAUGAAGCAAACGCCCAAAUAAACAGAACCUUUGACGAGGAGAAUGACAAGAAGACGGCAAUUGAAAGCCUUCAGUUCAACAACAUCGAUGGAGAUGGUCAAUCACACAUUGACUUUAUUUCUUUCCUUAUAAACAACGGUGCCGAGGUAUCCAGACGAAUGCCUGCGGAGAAAAUGGUCGAGUCCACGGAACGGAAUUUUGUCACGGACUACCUGUCAACAGCUGGCAUAUCCAGUCAAUCACGUUUCAGACUGGAGAAGGGCUGGAGACGCCUAAAAUCCGCCCGCAAUCCCCUAGGUUCGAACACACAAACAUCAGGCGCACCGUGGAGCACUGUUCUUCACCAUGUGGCUAUGAUGCCAGUGAGCGUAGAAAAACGCGUUGAGCUACUAAAACAUGUUCCCGGUCAAUUGCUUAACAGGCCAGACUCCCGGGGUGCCACGGCGUUUGAUAUGUUUCUUUUGUCACAUCCGGAUGAUGCAGUGAUGGGGACGCCAGAAUACAUCACUGAUAGACAUAUACUGGAAGUAGUAAAGCACGGCGCUCGUGUGACGAACCUCUUCGUCGUGGCCAGGAUGGCUGACAAGACAGUCAGGAGAAUCGCCUCUUCACAACCUCUCAACAACAAGGCCUACUACGAACACAAGGCUUGGUCAGUUAUACGGAGGCAAAUAAGGGAUGAUAGGUGA